AUGGAAGUUGUCAGGCAAAAGACGAGAAGACAGACGGAGCCACAUGCGGUCUGGAACAUUGUGACACAAACAGCUGCCCUCUUCUGCCCGACCCGGACACGACGGCGUCUAUUUAUUCGGACAAGAUCCGAUCUUGCCUCCCUCCCUCCCUCCGAUCGUCAACUCAGCUCACUCUCUGAUCCACGACCGGCGAGCCUGCCAAACAGGGGGGGUGGUCGUAACACAUUUUCGCACAUGUACAGCUCAGACUCCGGCCGCCCAUGCCGCAUCGGCAUUCGCUGA